AUGAAUAAACUAGAGAUUGACUUCUUUGAACAGCAUGGAUAUCAGUUCAUUAAGACCAUUGCAAGAGGUGGUUUCGGUGUCGUCUUCCUUGUUUAUUCACAAUCUUAUGAUCAGUAUUUUGCAGUUAAGAAAAUACCGAAAGAGAACUUUAACUGUGCAGAAAUUCACUGCCUUAUUGAAAUAAAUGAUCCUAAAGUCUGUAAUCUAUAUCAAUACUUCAAAUUCUCUGAUCAUUACUACUUACUGAUGGAAUAUUGCGACACUGACCUUGCCCAAAAGCUUAAGCAAGUCGAGAAACUUACAGAAGAAGCGACUAGAAGACUCGUUCACGAUGUAAUUGCCUGCUUAAAAGUUUGCCAUGACAGAAAUAUUGUCCAUGUAGACAUUAAACCUUCGAAUUUCUUAUUUGAUAACUACGGAAGAGUUAAGCUCUGUGAUUUCGGUCUUUCCAAAAUGUACCAAGAUCUUCCUUCCAGCUACACUUUCCAUGGUACAAAACAUUUCAUGGCUCCAGAAAUAUUCCAGCACCGCCAGUUCAAUCCGAUCAUUGCUGAUAUUUGGGCAUUAGGAGUCACAAUUUAUUACAUGGUUACUCAACAAUACCCAUUCCAAGCCCAAGAUGAAAAGUUCCUUCAAUUCAACAUUGAAAAGGGCAAAUACAAUGCAGAUCUCGUACAAAACAGCUUACUUAGAGAUCUUAUUGCCAGAUGCCUUGAAAAGAACCCUCAGAAAAGAGCAACUGUUGAUGAACUCUUAGAAAUGCCGUAUUUCCAAAACUCUACUCCAACACUUCGUGAUAUGAGACGCUCCGAUCUCAUUCUUAAGCCAAAAAUCCCAUCUGUUAAAUCAAACUACAUUUCCAGGUCAACUUUGGCAAGUGUUCCAAUUAAUUACAAUCGCUUACGCCUGAAGAACAAUAAUGCGCGUUAUUCUGCUAAUUUAAUCUAA